CGGCCAUCAUUGAUUGAUUCGGCCACGCCGUUUGCGGAAGAAAGUUUCUAACUGCAGCUUCUCAAAUUUCAAGAUGGUCGCCUGAGCUAUUUAAGUGAGAUUUCACCUUACCCGGUUCUGAGGUGUUUUUUUUAAACCUGGAUGUGACGCAUAAAGGACCCGACGGAAAUAGAACUGAAGGCGUUCUAAAAUGGCGAACCGCACGGUGAAGGAUGCCCACAGCAUCCACGGCACCAACCCUCAGUACCUGGUGGAGAAGAUCAUUCGGACUCGAAUCUAUGAGUCUAAGUACUGGAAGGAGGAGUGCUUUGGACUUACGGCUGAACUUGUAGUCGAUAAAGCCAUGGAGUUAAGGUUUGUGGGUGGUGUCUAUGGUGGCAAUAUAAAGCCAACUCCCUUUCUGUGUUUGACUUUGAAGAUGCUUCAGAUUCAACCGGAGAAGGAUAUCAUUGUUGAGUUUAUAAAAAAUGAAGAUUUCAAGUAUGUCCGCAUGUUGGGAGCACUUUACAUGAGGCUGACAGGCACUGCAAUUGAUUGCUACAAGUACUUGGAGCCUCUGUACAACGACUAUAGAAAAAUUAAGAGCCAGAACCGAAAUGGGGAGUUUGAACUGAUGCACGUAGAUGAGUUCAUUGAUGAACUACUGCAUAGUGAGAGAGUCUGUGAUAUCAUUCUGCCCCGACUACAGAAACGCUAUGUGCUAGAGGAAGCUGAGCAGUUGGAGCCUCGGGUUAGCGCUCUAGAAGAGGACAUGGAUGAUGUCGAGUCCAGUGAAGAGGAGGAAGAAGAGGAUGAGAAGUUGGAGAGAGUACCAUCACCUGAUCACCGCCGGAGAAGCUACCGGGACUUGGAUAAGCCCCGUCGCUCUCCCACACUGCGCUACAGGAGAAGUAGGAGCAGGUCUCCCAGGAGGCGGAGUCGGUCUCCCAAAAGGAGGAGUCAUUUCCACAGCCCCUCCCCUCGUCGAGAGAGGCAUCGGAGCAAGAGUCCAAGACGUCACCGCAGCAGGUCCCGAGAUAGACGGCACAGAUCCCGCUCCAAGUCCCCAGGUCAUCACCGUAGUCAUAGACACAGGAGCCACUCAAAAUCUCCUGAAAGAUCUAAGAAAAGCCACAAGAAGAGCCGGAGAGGGAAUGAGUGAUGGACUCAGUUUGGGUUUAGUCCAUAUGGCCUCCUGCUGCAGAUAUGAAGUCAUCUCUCUAAGUGGAAGGAUUAAUAUCUACUCCCAAGGCAGCUAUGAGAAUAUUUUAGGGUGUUUUGUUUUUUUUAAAACCUAAAAGAAGUUUCUCCACUUUUUAUUUUAAAAAAAGAGGUGCUGAGUUUUAUAUAUUUUUUUGAAUCCUAAUCCAUGUUUGAGGGGUAACGCUUCCCAAGGGCUGCUUUUGAACCCCUUGUACAACCAACGUUGAGGAUUUGAGGGGUGGAGAGUAUGAAUGACAAGCAGAGGAUAUGGCCACCUAGUGCUUCUUUUGUUACUAAAUUUAACACACCCAUUUUCCAUCUAUCUGGUUUAGUUUUUUGUUUGCUCCCUGAUUGGAACUGUUCUGAGAAUCUUAAGAUUUUUUCUCCUGCUGUUAAUCAAAGAUCAAGUCAGUAAAACAGCACCAACUUUCCCCCCCAGCAGUAGCAAGUGAUAAUAAACAUGAAAACUGCUAGUCAGUUUUGUAAGGAAAUGUAGUAGUAAGGCUUCUGAAUCACUUAAUCCAGUUAUACUGCACAGUUCAACAAACAGUAAAAUUUAACACCUUUUAUACAGCAUUCUUACAUAGUGUUUUCUUUUUCCACACAAGCCUUGAAUUUCAGGUUAAGAUGCUCAGCCUUUAUUCUACAGGAAUUCACAUUAUCCAAGUCUGGUCAGUAGCAGUAGGGCAACAAGAUGGAAAAGUUUGAUGGAGAGAAAAGUAAUACUUAGGGUUUUGACCUGAAAUGGACAAGAGUGCCAUUCACAAAGCCAGAAAAUAUAGCAGGAAGAGAUCAGGUUCUACAAGGGUAGGUAGCAAGAGUUGUAGUAGUGAAAAUGAUGUAUUCAGUUUAACUUGAGACAGCUGUGGUAUAUCUAGACAAAUCCCAGAAAGUUGGAAAUAAGAACUGGAGCUGAACAUACUGAUCUAGCCCUGAACUGAGGAUGUUUGAGUAAUUUUGGAUGCCUAGAAUUAAACAUAUUGACCCCAGGCAGUGUGUGUAUAAUGUAGGAAAAGCCAAAAACAGAAUUAUAAGCAACAGCAGCACUGGUGAGAGGAAGAAGUACAACCAUGGGUUGAAAACUGAAAUGAACCAUUCAGAAAGAAUUAGAAGAGGUCUAAUGACACAGAAGCAAAGUAAGGACUGAAAAAUGUUUAUGGGAAUUGAUAAGAGAAUGUUGGGAUCUUUGCUAGAAAAGUUCCAUUUACCUAUACUUACCUUUCCUCCUUUAAAAAUGGAAAAAUGAUUGAAUGACUUCCUGCAGCUCUAAUCCCAGCAAGAAUUGUGAAUACCAACUGCCUCACUGGAUGGAUCCAGUUUCUUGGAAAGCCAUAUCUGGUCAUAGGAUUCACAUUCUAUUGCUUGCUAUUGAACUGAAGGAUUAUUGCAGCAGUAUUAAAAGUAUUUGGGCAUCAUAUUUAUGAUUUCAAAUUCUUCAGUGAUUCUUCUCUGAAAAUACUUCAGCUAGCUAGUAAGAAUUGUCCGUCAGAGCUCUUUUGGUUUAUCAUACCACUAUACAUAAGACUGCCUUUAAAAAUUAAAUACAAGCACCUCUUUUUACCUCUGUUUUAGAGUCCUAACAGUUAUUUCUUACCAUUGAUGAUCUAGGCAGAAAGAACCAUCUUUUGGCUGAAUAACCUAUGGACCAACCAACUCAUUAUCCAGUAUAUUAUUAAAAUAAAAUAUUUAAAGUACACUUUAAAAUAAAAAUGUAGCCUGGCCUGUAUGGCUCAGUGG